AUGGGCAGUAUAUCCGAACCGCAGAGGGCGUGGUGGAAAGAGGGCUCCGUAUACCAAGUCUACCCAGCGUCGUUCCAAGAUUCCACCGGCUCGGGAGUCGGUGACCUGAAGGGGAUCAUAUCACGGAUUGAUUAUUUGAAGGAACUGGGAGUGGACAUUGUUUGGCUGUCGCCGAUUUUCAAGAGUCCUCAACAUGACAUGGGCUAUGAUAUCAGCGACUAUAAAGUAAUCGACCCUCCCUAUGGCGACAUCACCGACGUAGAUGUCCUCCGCGACGCCCUCCACGAGCGAGGCAUGAAGCUCGUCCUCGAUCUCGUCAUGAACCACACCAGCGACGAACACGAGUGGUUCAAGGAGUCGAGAAAGUCCAAGGAUAACCCAUACAGAGAUUGGUACAUCUGGAAGCCACCCAGGUACGAUGAGCAGGGCAAUCGAUGCCCUCCUAAUAACUGGCAGAGUCACUUCCAAGGUAGCGCCUGGGAAUACGACGAAACAACAGACGAAUACUACCUCCGCCUCUUCUGCAAACAACAGCCAGAUCUCAACUGGGAAAACCCAGCCGUCCGCCGAGCCGCCCACGACGUGAUGCGCUUCUGGCUCGACCGCGGUGCAGAUGGCUUCCGCAUCGACGUCAUCAACUUCAUCAGCAAAGACCAGUCGUUCCCUGAUUCGAAUAAAACCGUCCUCGGCGGGACGGAGCACUAUGCCUGCGGGCCACGGCUCCACGAGUACCUAAUGGAACUGGGUGCCAUUCUGAAAGAAUACGACGCCUUCAGUGUCGGUGAAAUGCCAUGUGUGCACGACGAGAAGGAGCUGGUUAGAGCCGUGGCUGCUGAUCGAGGGGAACUGAGCAUGAUUUUCCACUUUGAACUAAUGGACAUUGACCACGGUGUAAACGGCAAGUUCUCCCCGGCAACAUGGGCCCUCUCAACACUCAAGUCCAAAGUCAACAAAUGGCAGCGCUUCAUGUACGACAACAACGGUUGGAACGCCCUCUACCUCGAGAACCACGACCAACCCCGCGCCGUGAGCCGCUUCGUCCACGACACGCCAGAGCAUAGAGUAGCCAGCGCCAAGCUGAUUGCUAUAUUUUUGGCGUUUCAGGCUGGCACGCCUUUUAUCUAUCAGGGGCAGGAGAUUGGCAUGACGAACGUCCCCAAGGAGUGGGGGAUGGAUGAGUACAAGGAUAUAGAUUGCUUGAAUCACUGGAAGUUAUUCAAGGACACGGUGGACGACAGCACCAAAACGCUUCUCAGGGGGGAAUAUCAAAAGAAGUCGAGGGACAAUGCCCGCACGCCAAUGCAGUGGGACGACUCUGCGCAGGCCGGUUUCACGACCGCGUCAUCUCCGUGGAUGCGUGUAAAUGAUAAUUACAAGGACAUCAACGCCGCGACUCAGGUCAAGGACCCUCGGUCGGUGUACCAUACUUACCGACGGGUGCUGGAGAAGCGCAAGGAGCACAUGGAUAUUUUUGUCUACGGCUACUUUGAGCUUGUUGACGAGCAAAACGACAAGAUAUUUGCGUACAAGAGGGUUGCUGGCAAUGGGGACGCUGCCCUUGUGGUGUGCAAUUUCUCCACGGACAAAGUGGUGUGGUCGAGUGGUUUUGAGGCUCGCGAGGUUCUAGUGAGCCCAACCGGAAAACAGAUUGGCGACGUGCGUGCUGGAGAGAUUCAGAUGGGUCCGUGUGAGGCCAUUGCUUUACUUCUUUGA